AUGAGGGCAGAGACAAAGCAGCGAUCUGCUGAUUGUCCCUACUUUGCGAGGAUUGAGUUACUAGCUGAUGAACUUGUUGCAAAAUUACCAAAUUUUAAUGUUCACAAAGUGAUAAUACACCCUAAAGAUUGGGAGUUAUGGUUGGCCGAGACAUGUCAAAAGAAUAACUGGACACAUAAAAAAUCGCCACUUGUGUGGCGUGAACUAGUUGACCGAGGUGGAAAGGGCCAUUACAUGGGUGGAGCCAAUGAGUUCCAGGAAUACAUCAAUGGCUAUUACAAUAUCAAAAGCAGCAUGUCAACAGUCGAUAUGCAGCAAGUUGCUGAAGAAAACCUGAAGACCCAGCUCCAGGAUGAUGAGGCCAAGGCUAGGCUACUUCAACAGUAUAACCCGCUCCACGUGUGUAUCAGUAGCGCCACAUCGCACGUGGCGUGUCACGUAAUUCAGCAAUUGGCGUCGAGGGACAUACUUGGAAAGGAUGCCGACCUGUGCCUCCAUCUAUUGGACGUGCGAGACGUUACCGACGAAACGAUGCUAACCCUCGAAGCUGACGUGCAGGACCUGGCUUCGUCAAAUGUCAAACAUGUGUUUACGACUCGCGAUCCCGUCGCAGCUUUCAAAAAGUGCGACGUUAUAUUGCUGCUGGAUGAAGGCACGCACGACGCAUCUGUGUACGAGACAUAUGCCAAUGCGAUCCACGAAGCCUGCGCAGAGGGCGCCAAGGUCCUUGUUUCCGACAGCUGGGCAGGGAAUGCUGCUGCGACGGUGCUGCACAGGAGCACGAAGGGACGUCUGAAGGAGAAUCUAGCUGCCGUGUCGCUGAGCAUUGUAGGGCAAGCGAGGUCGAUUCUGGCAGAGAAGCUGGGCGUUUUACCAUGCGACGUUGCCGGCGUCAUCGCCUGGGGCAAUCCCAACGGCAAUUUUCACAUCGACGUGUCACUGGCGCGCGUCUCGCGCCUCGACUCUGCUAUCUGCGGCCCCGGGGGUUUCACCCGCCCAGUUGCCGAGGUGAUUUAUGAUGCAAAGUGGCUGGAAGAAGACUUGCAGCAACAGAUCGUUGACAGACGUAAGACUAUGCAAACGUCUAGAGUUGGGGGAGGAUCACUAAGUGCAGCUUCUGCUAUUGUUGACACUUUGAGCUUGUGGUGGAAUGGCGACUCAACAGACCAAAUUCAUUCGCUAGCAGUUGUAUCGCAAGGUUGGUAUGGCGUCCCAGACAGCCUCGUCUUUUCAUUCCCAGUGACGUUUGAUGAUGGCAGGUUCAAGGUCGUGGACAACCUGAAGGUCAGCAAUGCCACCACGAAAAUAAUCAACAGCUCGCUUGAGGCAAGUCAACAACUCAAUACCGUGCAGUCAUAACUGCAAUACAGUAUGGUCAAUUUGAUGUU